UCGGCUCAGCUGUUGUGCGUCGGCUCCGACGGGCCCCUCUCCGACCCUCAGUUCUCGUUCCCUGGUGGUGCCGAGUGGUCAUCGCCUUAGACCGGUUCAAACACAAUAGGGGAGCAUAAUGGCGGAGGAAAUUGGCAAAGAGCAGCUGGAGAUGCUCAAGAAGGCCUUCGGCAUGUUCGACCAGAAGAAGACGGGCUCGAUCGAGGUCAACAAGGUGGCCGCCAUCCUCAACACUAUGGGCCAGCAGUUCGACGACGACGAGCUGAAAACACUCUGUGACAGCAAGGCCAAAGACGGCAAGUUGGACUUUAACAGCUUCCUGAGCGUGGCGUCAAGCUUCCUGGAAGAAGAAGACGACGAGGCCAUGCAGCAAGAGCUCAAGGAAGCGUUCCGGCUUUACGAUAAGGAGGGGAAUGGCUACAUCACCACGCAGGUGCUGAAGGAGAUCCUGAAGGCGCUGGACGACAAGCUGACCCCGGAUGACCUCGACUGCAUUGUGGAGGAGGUGGACACAGACGGCUCCGGCACACUCGACUUUGACGAGUUCAUGGAGAUGAUGACGGGCUAGACAAAAAAAAAAUAUCAUCUAUUCUGAUGAUGCUCGUCUGUGUAUUGAGGCCUUGGGCUACUUCCGAGCGCCGUUAUUCUAAGGGUCUGACAGAGGUGAAGAUUCGUGAAUGGGUCGCCGGACCUGCUGACCGCCGAUUCUCUACACUGCAGUCUUCUUGGAACAAAUAUGACGUGUCAUACCAUAUUGAUUAUGCUUGAUUAUGCUAGUCAUAUGCGGAACAAAUACAUUUAUUCAGUAAAUUCUA